AUGGAGUACAUGCAAUCAGACCCUUUCUAUGGGGCUGUUCCAGCCCAAAGUGCUGGGUCAGUCACUGGCGCCGGGGGUGUGGAUUUGGAGUCAUUGAACGGAAAUGUAGCAGGUCCUAUGGUGAAAGUAGAUGAUCCGCCCAAGUUUGAACUCGAGUCAUAUAUUGCGAACUACACCGGCCGGACCAGAUUUAAUCGACUGUUCCUCAUAGGCACAUGCUCCACUUAUCUCUCUGUCGAAGCAUUGAAGGCUGCAGUUGCAGAAGCCAAAGGCGGCAGGGAUGUUUCGAGAUACGAAAACGCUGUUCGGGCACUUGCCGAAGUUGCACCUAGUGACCCAGAGGCAACUCUUGAUAAAAAUUGGGUGGAUCAUAUGAAGAAGUCUGUCAAGGCGGAAACAGAUCGGCUAGAGCACGAGCUUAGAGGUUAUAAGAACAACUUGAUCAAAGAGAGCAUAAGGAUGGGCAACGAAGACCUCGGGCAACAUUACAAUCAGAUAGGCGACCUCGUGUCGGCUUCCAAAGCAUAUUCUCGUAUGAGGGACUAUUGCACUACACCAACCCACAUUGCGUCGAUGCUGUUCAAAAUUAUUAAUGUUGCAAUUGAGCGCGGCGACUGGCUUAGUGUGCAGUCGAAUGUGCACCGGCUACGCAACCUGCAAUCGAAGCCAGAGGAGCAAGCCAAAAACCAGCCCAAGAUGUCUGCUGCGCUGGGUCUCUCCCAGCUACACUCCGGCGCAUACGUGGAUGCUGCCAACAGCUUCUUGGCCACCGAGCCGAGCUUAGGGGACUCUUACAACGAAGUGCUCACCUCGAAUGAUGUUGCAGUAUACGGUGGGCUUUGCGCCCUGGCAUCAAUGGACCGGAAUGAGCUACAACGUCGCGUGCUCGACAACAGCUCGUUCCGCAACUUCCUUGAGCUGGAGCCGCACAUCCGCCGGGCGAUCUCAUUCUUCUGCAACUCUAAAUUCCGAGCCUGUCUCGAAAUCCUAGAAGCCUACAAGGUCGACUACCUUCUCGACGUCCAUCUACAGCGCCACGUCAAGACACUAUUCACCCGCAUCCGCACCAAGUCUAUCCAACAAUAUCUCGUUCCAUUCAGCCGCGUGACCCUCGAAUCCAUGACGAAAAUGUUCGCUCCGGGAGUCAUAGGCGGCCAAGCCGACCCCACGGACUCCAGCUCGCCCUUUGUGCAGGAACUCAUCGAACUAAUUCAGGAUGGUACUCUAGACGCGCGCAUCGACUUGGAAAAGAAGGUGCUGGUCUCUAACCAGGUCAACCUGCGUACUGACGUCCAGCAGUCCAUCCUGGACAGCCUGGAUAACUACAUCCGCGAAGCACAUAUUCGCGUUCUGCGGACCAACAUUAUCCAGGCUGGACUGGAGGUCCGCGCAGAUGAGCGACGACCGAAAGACGACCGGGGAAAGGGUGGGGAGGCAUUUGGCAAUUUCCUUCCUCGUGGUCCGGGGGUCAUGUAA